UCUCAAGGCGCUCGCCUCGGCGUUGCGUCCGCAGCGACACCGCCUCCGUUCCCUUCGUCGCCGCGCCAGCAGUCAACACCGCCGCCCCCGGUGACUCGUCGAAUGCGGCCGUUCCCAGGUCGCCGCCCGCCGUUGCCGCCACCGCCGUGACCAAAAGGGAUGCGCGUCGUCCCCUCAGCUUUUCUCCGUCGCGCCGCCUCGAUGUCCUCUCACUACAACCGCCAAGGAUCCUCGCGACCUCACCGCGGAUACUCCUCCCGCCCCCCGCCGCCUUCCGCCUACGCCGACGCCGAGCUCGUCAGCGGCGAUUCUUACCUCAGUACUGAGCCCGCUGCCAACGAUUCCGUCCGCCGCGGCGGGGGUCCUCGCGCGCCUCCACCGCAGUACAGGCACGGGCCGCAGUUCCAGCCGCCGCCGCCGUACGUAUAUGGCUACGGCCAACCUCAACCGCAGCCGCAGCCGCAGCUGCAGGUUCAGCCUUACGGGUUUGUGCCGUACAACUACAACCAUCCGCCGCAGACGCCGUUCCCAGGCUCUCAGUACGGCUAUGGGACUCCGAAUCAGUACGGUCACUGGCAUCCACAGCCAUACAGAGUUGUGCCACCGAAUGGAGGGUUCCUGCCACAGAAUGCUGGGUUCCGACCUGCGGCGCCGCAGCUGCAUCCAAGUCUGGCACAGUACAAACGAGAGUGGCGAUCUGUGCAGAAGCUGCCACCUCGCCAUGCUGAGAGGUUUAAGGUUCUGUCAUACAAUAUACUGGCGGACUAUCUGGCCCAGGAGCACCAAGAUCUUUAUAGAGACAUACCAUCAUUCAUCAUGGACUGGAACUGGCGUAAGAAUAGGAUAGGUUUAGAGAUCAGCUGGUGGCGUCCAGAUAUUAUAUGUUUUCAGGAGGUAGACAAAUUUACAGACCUUGAGCAAGAAAUGUCAGCCCGAGGAUAUAGCGGCAUAUGGAAGAUGCGGACCGGAAAUGCUGUUGAUGGAUGUGCCAUAUUUUGGAGGACAGCAAGGUUCCGGUUGUGUUAUAAAGAAGACAUUGAGUUCAAUAAGCUUGGGCUUCGGGAUAAUGUUGCACAGCUUUGUGUUUUAGAAUCGGUGUUUCGAAGAAAUGUGCAAACUGGGUCUACUCACUUAUCUACUAGCCCUAUCCAUCCGCAACAAGCCAAACAAGUUGUUAUAUGUAACAUUCAUGUUCUUUAUAAUCCGAAGAGAGGGGACAUAAAAGUUGGCCAGAUAAGGACACUGCUUGACCAAGCUUAUGCUACAUCUAAGAGGUGGAAUGAUGCUCCAGUAAUACUCUGUGGGGACUUCAACGCUACACCGAAGAGCCCGCUGUACAAUUUUAUAUUAGAGCAAAAGUUAAAUUUGUUUGGGCUUGCAAGAAAUGCUAUAUCAGGGCAGCAAACUAGUUCACAUGGGCUUUAUACUGGUUCUAACACAUCUCGUUAUACAUUCCGUCCACCUUUAUACACGACCAAUGGUAGAGAGGGAAGAAUAAUUACUCGAAAUGUCCAUAAGCAUCAAAGUGAAGCAAAAAGUUUGGUCAGAGAUUCUUGCCUUGCUGGAAGAGAACCUGUUUUGACCGCUACUGCUUCAACAUCUUGCUUUAACUCUGAAUCGAGUAAAUAUUUUGGCAACAAUAUAUCUUCUUCUGGCCCUAGUAAUCUUGACGAGCAAGGAUUAUCAAGCUGUUUCGCAGGACUUGCAAAGGAUGCCUGUAAUUCUGAUGGUGAAGCCCAUGCAAAGGCAACUGAACGUGAAGAAGGUGCGGCUGUUGACAGCUCCUCUGAAGAAUGUUCUGGAGGAAUCAAAGCUGAAUCAAAAGAACCUGACGUUGGUGGUGUCCAAUGUUCACAAACUGAUGUAUGUGAUGAGGCCUUCCAGUCAGAUUCAAGUGAAGCAAUUGAUAGCAGACACCUACUUUCAUCUGAAUUAUCUGGGCGUAUAGAUUCUGUCCGAGAAUUAAGAGGUGUUAGCAGUAAGGAUUCAAAUUCCCAGGGAGACUUGUCUGGGAGUGUGAUUUGUGAAGAUGUCACAGGUGGUUUUGAAGGAAAUAGUGUUCAAUCAGAUAUGUCUUUGAAUAUAUCAAAAGAAAACCCUGGUGAAAAGGAAAAGUGCAAUGAAUCUAUGUCUGGCCAUAACAAUUGUACAACUCCCGGGUCAGAAUCAUCCCAUUUCAGUGAUUCUCUAAAGUCUGCUGAUGCACGGGGUAAAAUGGGUAAUAUGAGAGUAGAAGAAGAAAUUAAUACAGGAUCUCCAGUAAAAUUAACACAUCAAAUAAAUAGUACUACUUCAGAUUCCUGUGGCAAUGAGUGUACUCCUGAAGUAAUCAACAACCAUUUAGACUUGUAUUCCUGUCCAGAAGAGUUUGGAAAUCAUGCUUGUUCUGUUGAGGAUGAUGUCGCAGCUAAUGAAAAUUUGUGCUCCAACGUGAUAUCUGACCCUACCUCCUUCAAAGAGUUCUCUGGUGAUAAUGAAUGCUUACAUGUGGAUAAUGAUCAGCUGCCAAAAAUUUCAAAUGGUUCACAACAUGCUCACAAGGUGGUUCCUUAUGGAGGGUACUAUAAUGAUCCAUACAGGUGGACAGUAGAUGAAAUAAAGGCUGCUACUGGGAAGGAAGAAUGUACUUAUGUGGAACAUAAUUUGAAAGUAAGGAGUGUCUACACAGAUGUGGAGGAUUUUAACGGGACAAAAGAUGCCAAUAAGGAGCCCUUGGUAACCAGUUACAACAGAAAAUUUAUGGGGACAGUGGACUACAUAUGGGCUUCUGAAGAUCUUCAGACUGUUAGCGUGCUAGAUACAUUUCCGGAAGUGAUUUUGAAGGAAGCUAAUGGAUUCCCCACAAAGAAAUGGGGAAGUGAUCAUAUCGCCUUGGUCUGCGAACUGGCGUUUAAGGAAUGAUGUUCAUGAGACUGUAAGAGAGGGAUUUCAGUGCCAUUGAAGGCACACACAUGACAAGACAACGGCUGCCUAGCACAAGCCUCAGGCGAAAUAAUCAUACCCAGAACAAUCGCUGAACAUUUCUCCAUCAAUCACAUUUAGUGUGUGUGUGUGUGUGUGUAUAUAUAUAUAUAGACACACACACACACACACACACACACAUGGAAACCAAAUUCCUGCUUUCUUAGGUCAAUGUAAGAGCUCGCUAGCAUUUUGUUUUUUACGGCAUGCUUCGUAAUUGUACAUGAGACAUAGGUCAAGUUUCUCAGUGUGAGCCCAGCAAUGGACAACUGCUGUUGGCUUGGAUGGACAAACUGCAGGCACCAUGGCUUAGCUUAAGAUGAUACUCUCUCUGUAACAUAAUAUAAGAAGUUUUUGACACUAUCAUGGUGUCAAAAAACGUCUUAUAUUAUGUUAUGGAGGGAGUAAGUUACAAUGUGAUUGGACUAAAAAGAAACCAUGCUAUGAAAAUCUGGAACAGUUGGUAGCUUUGAA